CGCGCGGGUAGUUCCGUCUGAGCUCUCCUGCAAACUGUCCAUUUUCUGGCAUGUCAACUAUCACCAAUGUCCUUCUCUUCUUCUCCCCUCUUUAAAUCCUUCGUCGAAAAAUCUAUAUCGCUCCAUUAAAAUCCUUGAUUGAUUGAAUCUCUCACCUUCUUCUCCGGUCCUCUGUUCAUUUCUCCAUCAUUUUAUUAUGGACUGCUUCGAGUCAUCAAUAGCCGAGGCGCCCUCUAUCGCCUACGCUCUCCUGUUCAAGGUCGCUAUGGCCAUACCCACACUACACUACUUGUUUGGACUGGCAUUAGUUUGUUCGAUUUCCCUGUACAAUUUUUUGGAGUUCCAUUUUCUUCAGGAUCUCCUCUCCGGGUUCCGCGGAGAUCCCGUUUCUCUAACCUACAACCCCUGCUCAGAGAUAUACCAUGGAGUUGUCUCUAAAUGUCGUGUUAUUCAUGGCAGGUAUCUGGCAACACCUUGGCUCUCUAGCCCACACCUCCAAACGUCCUUCAUAAACUUCUUUGGGCGGCCUCCAGUUUUCAGAUACAGAAGACAAAUUUUCAAUGCAUCUGACGGUGGGACUUUAGCUUUGGAUUGGGUUUUGAAAUCUGAUGUGUCUGGGAAUGCUACUGACAAGAACAUUGCCAUAUAUAAGGAUGAUACGACACCUCUCGUGGUAGUGAUACCAGGGUUAACAAGUGAUUCUGCUUCCCCAUACCUAAAGCAUCUUGCCUUCAACACAGCAAAAUGUGGAUGGAAUGUUGUUGUCAGCAAUCAUCGAGGAUUAGGCGGUGUAUCAGUCACUUCCGAUGCUCUUUAUAACGCAGGAUGGACAGAAGACAUAAGAAAUAUUCUUAAGUAUCUGCAUAAGGAGUAUCCAAAAGCUCCAAUAUUUGUUAUUGGUACCAGCAUUGGUGCUAAUAUUCUGGUAAAAUAUCUCGGUGAAGAUGGAGAUAAUGUUCCUGUUGCAGGGGCUGUAGCCGUGUGCUCUCCUUGGGAUCUCUUGAUUGGUUCUAGGUUCAUAUCUCGUAGGCUUGUGCAGAGGUUUUAUGAUAGGGCUCUUACUAUUGGUCUUCAAGGUUAUGCUCAAAUGCAUGAACAUCACUAUUCGCGACUUGCUAAUUGGGAAGGGAUUGUAACGUCACGCACAAUACGUGAUUUUGACACCCAUGCCACCUGUCUUGUUGGGAAAUAUGAGACUGCGGAUUCAUACUAUAGGUACUGCAGCAGUUCGGCUUAUGUUGGGCGUGUUUCUGUGCCUCUACUCUGUAUCAGUGCUUUGGAUGAUCCCGUGUGCACAGCUGAAGCGAUUCCUUGGGAUGAGUGCAGGGCGAAUAAGAAUGUAGUUUUAGCUGUGGCAAAGCAUGGAGGACACCUCGCCUUUUUUGAAGGACUUGCUGCAUCUAGCUUGUGGUGGGUGAGAGCAACUAAUGAAUUCAUUGGUGUUUUACAUUCCAGUCCCUUCAUGCACAAACCAAAGCAGCAGAAAGAAAAUUGCAACCUGCAUUCUCAAUCAAUGGAGUCUUCGUCAAUCGAUCAAGGACCAUACAUUAACAUGACGGAUGGAAUGGUUGCCCCAAUGAAAAAUAAUGACCAGACAUCAGAGAUUGUCAAGGAUGAAGAAGAAGAAUAUGCACAACAACUGAAGAGCAUAACAGCAGCAUCACAGGGAGG